ACUGGAUUCCCAACUUCUUCCGUUCCUCUAUCCUCUUCGACUCAGUUCAGUUCGACUCCAUCGGCGGUGUGCCUCCGCCCCGAGCCAAUGGCGGCUCCGGCGACGCUGUCCCUCCGCCCCUGCGCGACCCUCGCGCCUUCUAGGUCCGCGCUCCCCGCCGCCCGAUUUGCGUCCUCUAGUCGCCCCGCCCCCUCGCUCUCCAUUUCCUGCCCGCCGAGGCGUUUCAAGAGCCUCCGCCGCGCCCUCGCCGUCGGAUCCGACCAGCAAGCCUCCGCAGCCUCUUCCGUGAAACAGGAGGAGAAGCCGCGGACGUACUACUUCCUGGUGGCGAACGCGAAGUUCAUGCUGGACGACGAGGAGCACUUCCAGGAGCAGCUCCAGGAGAAGCUGAGGCUCUACGAGGAGCGCAGCAUGGAGCAGGACUUCUGGCUCGUGAUUGAGCCCAAGUUUCUUGACAAGUUCCCCAACGUCACCAAGCGGCUCAAGCGCCCCGCCGUCGCGCUCGUCUCCACCGACCGCAACUGUAUCAGGUAUGUCACCAAGUCUUGUUCUCUUCAGCCAUCAUUGCAAGGUCGAGUAAUGCAUGCUUUCCCUGUAACACUUUGCGAAUUGCAACUAGUAAGAGCUGACUUUACGGUAGUUUCCUAUCGUGCCCAAUGCCCAUAUGCCAUUGGCAUCGUGGCAUGCAGUACUGCAGUAUGGUAUAUAUCCAGUUGCAGAUGUCAACACAGUGCAUCAGUAAUGGUUUGUGUCUGCAAUUCCCAUCCAUUUCCUGCUUGGCGGCUAGCAGUAAUGUGUGUUUGAACAGUCAGCAAAAGCAUGCACUUUCAAAUGUACAUGUAGUGAUGUAGGUUGAUGAGCCCUCUACAU